CUGGCUGUAGCAAUUUUCCUAUUAUAGAGCGUCUCGUUCUUCUUCUCAAUCGACAACACAACCAGUGAAGGGAACGAACAAACGAAGCAGGGGCUCUCCCCUCCUCUAGCUCUAGGAUUAGGGUUAGGGUUUCCGUUCGGAACGAAUCGAAUCCAAUCGGGACAGGUCGAUCCGAUUCCAGACACCGCCGCCCCUCCAUCGACUCCUUCCUUCCUUCCGACGCCGGCGGCCACAUAUUAUUUCAUUCGAUUCGAUUCGACUCUCUAACCCUAGACCCGCCAUCAAUUUCCUCCAGAUCCAUCCCUAGCACUAGCAGCAGCAGCAGCAGCCAUGGAUCCUAAUCAGAUGAUGGCCCGAAGCUUCCCUAUGUGGGCCGCCGACGACCCCUCCGCCCAGCCACCGUUCCUCCCUCCGCCUAACGCCAACCGCGGGUGGAAGCGUAAGAACCCCAGCACCGGCGGCGGCGGCUACCAGCCCCCCGCCCUCGGCGACCUCCAGGUGCAGAACCGCGCCAAGGCUCGACGGUGGUUCAAGAGCCACAACCCCAACCCCAACCAGAGCCAAGGCCGCAAGCACUUCUUCCCCAGGCCCAAGGCCGCCGCCCCACGCAACACCACCUCCUUCAUCAUCCGUGCCAAGCGCUCCGGCGGCAUCGCCUCCCUCGUCUCCCCCUGCCCUGUUACUCCCGCCGUCCUCCCCACCCCGCGCCUCUCCCCCUCCCGCGAGGGCCUCUCCGACAUGGCUCAGGCGCAGUGGGGCGUCGAUGGCUAUGGCUCCAUGAAGGGCCUCAUCCGCCUCCGCACCUCCCCCCAUCCUGCCAACCCCAGUGCCUCCGAUGACGACGAUGAUGCCAACUCCAGUGGCAGUGACGUCGAGGAGCAUGUCGAAGUGGAGCGCCGCCUUGACCACGAUCUCAGCAGGUUUGAGAUGGUGUACCCUGGAAGGGGUGAUGAUGCUGCUGCCGGUGGUGGUUAUGUGUUCGAGGACGACGAUGAGUAUGACCAGGACGCCCAUGUAGCUCGCCUCGAGGAGGAGAACCUGACCUUGAAGGAGAGGCUCUUUCUGAUGGAGCAGGAGCUUGGUGACAUGAGGCGCCGCCUGGAGGCGAUUGAGUCACGCUUUGCAGGGACCGAUGGUAUCGCUGUUGAUGCAAUGGCAGUUGAGGAGGAGGCUCAGGAUGACAAGGAGAUGGCUGAUCCAGGAUCAAGGCCCAGCGCUGACCAAAGUGUGCCGAGGGAUGGUCUCAGCUCAGACAAGAGCAGAGAAAACAGUACCGAGAUUGCUGCUGAUGCAGCAGGGUCAGAGAAGAAGUGCGCGCGAGACCAUGCAGAGGAGGUUGCUGAUGCUGAUGCUGAUGCAGCAGGGUCAGAGAAGAGCAGCGCGCAAGACAAUAAUGCAGAGAUUGCUGUUGGAGGGUCAGAGGGGAUUGGUAAAGAAGAGAUGAGGGGUUGAUGAUCCGAAAAUGGAUUGAUGGGAGAUGACAGUGAUAUGCAAUAGCGGUUAUCUGCUACUGUACAUACAUAAUUGUCAAUGGCGGAUUGAAGCCGUUCGUGAGCUAUGUGGACUUGUUUUGGAGGCUUACAUGUUGUUGCAUGACAAUGGAUGGAUCAUCGUAUUUUACAAUGUACUAUGUUUCUACCAUUCUGUGUUACAAUCUAUCUUUAGUGUUUCUUUCUGUAUUUGUUAUGAUGAUACCAUACUGCACAACUUGUAGUAGUUGUUAGCUGCUGGUGCUGCUGCUGAAAGAGGUAGAAGCGACUAGAUGGAAUUUGUCACUAUAUCAACUGUUAAUGUCAUCAUAUGGUGUCAUGAGCCUUUCAUUUGUUUAUUAUAUAUAGAACUCUGAUUCUGGUCACCUCUACUCUAGUGAUGCUUCUUCUAGGGAUGAUGUUUUUUUUUGGUACCAGGUGAGAGCACUGGAUGAUGUUUGUCAGCGCUGGGGAUUCAGGGGUAGAAAAUUGGCAGGCAGCUGGUGUGAAAUGUGGUAAUGCUGUUUGUUUGCUUAGCUCGGGCUUUGGCCGUGGCAGGAUGAUGAAUCAUGAAUGUGUGAAUCUGUUAUCUCCAUCCAAGUUGGCACGAUGGUAGCUUUGCGUGCGUGUAUCAUACAUAUGGCACGGCUAGGCUGUGACCUUGUUUUUUCUUUACGCACGCAUGUUCAUUCAAAGUGCUAUG